AUGUUGUUCUCUCUAUCGCCGGUGCUGCUCGGAAGUCACGAAGCAAGAAGAAGCCGAGGAAAGGCAAACUCUUCCACCAAUCUCCGCUGCUUCCACUCUUCCUCCACCUGCUGCUACUCCUCCACCUACGACCAACAAAACUACUACGACAACCGCUUGUCGGGCCUCCUCCUCCUCCUCCUGCUGCUGCUGCCACGUAUCGACAACGACUCGAUUGCUGAAAUAAUCCCGACGGAGGAGCGACACACACAGGCACUGUUACCGUCGGCGGUGUCCUUCUUAUCCGCCAUUCUCAGUGCCGUCGCGGCCCUUCUAGCUGCUACUGCUCCUGCUGCCGAAUCUCCCGCCGCCGCCGCCGCCAUCCCGAAGGACAAGACCUCCUCUGCCAGACCUUCAUCUUCUUCUUAUUCUCAUUCUCCUUCUCCUCCUCCCUCCACCUCCUCCUACUCCUCGUUGGUCGCCCCCACCGCCAACACUCGCGACAGCAUUUUUGCCGCCUCCUCCUACUUCUCCUCUUCCAUCUCCUCCUCCUCCUCCUUCUCUUCCUCCUUCUACGAGUUGCCAUCUUCGUAUUCGUGGUCUUGUGGGCCGACAUCAUCAUCAUCAUCAUCAUCGCCAUCAUCUGGACGAGGGGAAAAUAAUCUGACAGUAAGGGGAUCGAGCCGAAGCUGA